GCGGUCGCGCGGCGCACGCGGUGCCGGUUCAAUCGCGUCGAUGUGUUGCGCGCGGCCGGAUGACAUGCAGCGGACGGCUAACGAACGCGCGUCGGUCGUGCUCAAACUGGGCCGGUACAUCGUGCGCUGUCUAACGGCCCAGCCGGACAUCUGGUUCCUGUUCCUGUACAAGUGCGGGCAGCUGGUCACGGUCAACCUGCACGAGCCGGUGGCGCGCAGCGUGAGCAUCCUGGACGAGCUGUUCCAGUCGUCGCAGCAGCAACGGACGACCUGCCCGUCGGCCGUCGGAGGGUCGACGUCAGCGCAGGGACAGCGCGCCGCCGCCGACGCCGCCGCCGUUAGGUCACCGGACCCGGAGCCGGACAACGAUCAGCACCGUGGCAUGGAAGUGGAGGACGACGCGGACGGGGAAACGGCCACCGACGACGACGGGUACACCGACUCGGACGGCGACCCGUACGCGUUCCUUACCAGCCGCCGGUUCACGUACGGCUCGGCCAGCCGCCGGACCAGCAGCAGUUCCGGCAUCGGGCGCAGCUACAGCAGCAACAGCCGUCGGAGCAGCCUGGCCUCCCGUCGCGAGGACUGCACCAACGUCCGGACCGGGAACACCACCGCGGAUACGCUGAGCAUCAACUCGUAUGGAAUGCCUCAGUCUGGUUCCACCGUGUCCCAGAGAGAGAGUUCCAGUUUUUUGCCUGUCACCCAGCCGGCCAGUGCACCAGCAUCGCCGGUCGGUUCUCCUGUUGCACAACUUCUGUCCACUCCUUCGAACAUUACUUUAGAUCCCAACUGGCAGGCGAUUAAGUCUACGGUGCGUGAACGUAAUGCUGCCAUGUUCAAUAACGACCUUAUGGCUGAUAUAUAUUUCAUUGUUGGCAGUCCUGGGCAUAUCCAACGUAUACCAUCGCAUAAGUACAUUUUAGCUACAGGAAGUUCUGUAUUUUAUGCAAUGUUCUAUGGAGGACUAGCGGACACUAAAGAAGAAAUUGAAGUACCAGAUGUUGAACCAACAGCUUUCCUUACACUAUUAAGGUAUUUGUAUUGCGAUGAAAUUCAAUUGGAAGCAGACACUGUGUUGGCCACACUAUAUGUAGCUAAAAAAUAUAUUGUGCCACAUUUAGCCAGAGCUUGUGUCAAUUAUUUGGAGACUAGUUUAACUGCAAAAAAUGCAUGUUUGCUUCUCAGCCAGUCAAGGCUAUUUGAAGAGCCAGAAUUGAUGCAAAGAUGUUGGGAAGUGAUUGAUGCACAGGCCGAGAUUGCAUUGCAUUCAGAUGGAUUUGUUGAUAUUGAUUCUGACACGUUACAGAGUGUGUUAGGACGUGAAACGAUUAACUGUAAAGAAACUAUAUUAUGGGAAGCAGCAAUGAACUGGGCAUCAGCUGAAUGUAAUAGGCGUGAAAUUGAACCAACUCCAUCUAAUAAACGACAAGUAUUAGAUUCCGCUUUGUAUUUACUCAGAUUACCAGCAAUGUCUUUAGAAGAAUUUGCUAAUGGGCCUGCUCAAAUGGGUAUGCUGACAUUAGAAGAAACUGUUGAUUUAUUUCUCCACUAUACUGCAUCCAACAAACCCCGAUUGACUUAUCCAACUAAACCACGUGUUGGUCUUAAACCUCAAACAUGCCAUCGGUUCCAAUCAUGUGCUUAUCGCAGCAAUCAAUGGAGGUAUCGAGGUCGCUGUGAUAGUAUUCAGUUUAGUGUUGAUCGUCGUGUGUUUAUUGUUGGUUUUGGUUUGUACGGUUCAUCAACAGGGGCAGCUGAUUACAAUGUAAAAAUUGAACUCAAACGUUUGGGUCGUAUUUUGGCUGAAAACAACACAAAAUUUUUUUCGGAUGGGUCAAGUAACACUUUUCAUGUGUAUUUUGCACAUCCUGUACAAGUAGAUCCCGAAUUAUUCUACACUGCUUCAGCUAUAUUAGAUGGCGCAGAGUUAAGUUAUUUUGGUCAAGAAGGGCUAAGUGAAAUAAAUGCAGGUUGUGUCACGUUUCAAUUCCAAUGUUCAUCUGAAAGUACUAAUGGUACUGGAGUUCAGGGAGGACAGAUUCCAGAACUUAUAUUUUACGGUCCAACCAGUGAGGAUCAAUAAUAUUCCUGGUUAUCGUUUUCAAUCCGAAUUAAAACCAAGUAUUAAACAAAGGAAAUAACAAUUAAAUUUAAACCUGAAUUGUUCAAAACAAUGUUUACUCUAAUAGUAUUUUGGAUCUCUAAUGUAAACACUAAAUCACACGAUAUUCUAUAAUAUUAAAAUCUUAAGUUCUUAAUUGUACAUUUUUGCUAACUAAAUAACGGAUGUUAUAUUUCUCUGUUAUUUUUUUUUCUUUGUUACUAGAUAUUAAUUGAUAUUAUUUAUUUGUAUGAAUUACUUGCAAUAAAUUAACCAACACGCAAAUACACUUGACUUAUUAGACAGUAUAAUUUUAAGUUCAUAUUGUUAUUGGAAAUUAGGGGUUAGACAUUUAAGUAUCUUCUAAAUUAGUUACCUAUUCUUUUAAUUUAUUUCAAACUGAAAAUUUCUCACACCAUUGAACAAAUAUGUUGUAAGAUAAAUUAUUAUUUAUUUUCCCAUUGUCUUA